GUCUACUCUAACGUCAAAACAGAGACAAGCUUACAUUCGGACCACAGCAAUCAGGAUACCUACCGCAAUGGAUUGUCGAAACCAAGGCUGCACCCAGCCCCCAGACGAGGACAUCAUGGACAUCCCCUUGGAUGACCCGGCCGCCAACAAAGCUGCGGCCAAGAUCCAAGCAGGCUUCCGCGGACACAUGACCAGGAAGAAAAUGAAGGAUGAGAAGCCCAGGGAAGAGAAAAAACGGGAACGCAAGUAAGAGACUACAGACAAGAGACAAGCCGGCCAAGUGAAGACCAUCUGGUGAUCUUGAGUCUGGG